UAUAAAUGGCCAAUCCCAAAAUCAAAACCCUAGUGAUAGUGUCAACAACUUCAUUUCACUCGCCGCAUUUUCUUCUUCUUCUUCUUCUCUGCGCGCAUUGCAUUCAAUCCAUCAACAAUGGUUGCCGCCAAGAAGACCAAGAAGACUCAUGAGUCUAUCAACAACAGGCUCGCUCUUGUCAUGAAGAGUGGCAAAUACACCCUCGGUUAUAAAACCGUUCUCAAAUCCCUAAGGAGUUCCAAAGGGAAAUUGAUUAUUAUUGCUAACAACUGUCCUCCUUUGAGGAAAUCUGAAAUUGAGUACUAUGCUAUGUUGGCAAAGGUUGGAGUUCAUCAUUACAAUGGAAACAAUGUUGACUUGGGCACUGCCUGUGGAAAAUACUACAGAGUUUGCUGCCUCAGCAUUAUUGAUCCUGGUGAUUCUGACAUAAUCAAGUCAAUUCCUGGGGAGCAGUAAAUGUAGUGAAGAUUUUCUCAUGAUGUUUUAUAUUCUCAGUUGUUUAGACAUUGUUGAAAGAAAUUUUAGUUGUAAACUCUGGUGUAUGAUGCUUGGCAUUUUGGGUAUCCCAGGUGAUUGAGCAUUGAGUAAUUUUGACUAUGCAAUUUUUGUUUCAUUGUGUUGAUUGCUAUAGAUAAUAUUUCUAGUUUGAUCUUUAA